GAGGAAAUGCUAAUAUAUUCUAUUUACAGAGCUCUUAGCCUUCAGAAGAAAUGGGAGGUGGAGAAAAGCGAGUGGUGUUUGUCACAGUAGGGACUACAUGUUUCGAUGCUCUUGUCAAGGUGGUGGAUUCUGAGGAGGUCAAACAAGCACUGCUGCAGAAAGGUUACACUCACCUUGUGAUUCAAAUGGGCCGAGGAACAUACAUGCCAACAGAGGCUUCAGGAAAUUCAGAUCUUCAAGUUGAGCAUUUCACUUUUUCACCAAGUAUUGCUGACUACAUAAGAGAAGCAUCCUUGGUCAUCAGUCAUGCAGGUUCUGGAAGCAUAUUUGAGACGCUGCGACUGGGCAAACCUCUCAUCGUUGUUGUGAAUGAAGAUCUGAUGGACAAUCACCAGAGCGAGCUAGCAGAUGAACUGGCUGAGAGGAAUCACCUUUUCUGUGCCCAUCCACAGACGCUGCUGGAGACCAUCGAGGCGAUGGAUCUGAAUGUGCUCCAACCUUACACGCCAGGAGAAGCGAAGCCGGUUGUCGCACUGAUCAACAAAUUUCUUGGCUUUCCUGUCAGUUGAUGAUAGUCCUUGUUUCCUCUUCAUUGAACACAGUUGUGAAGCAUGGAGUGAUUAGUUGUUGGCUAGCGAUAUGUGAAAAUGACAGAUGGGGCGUUGAGCCAAGAUCUCAACGACGUGCAGAUGUAGUGGAUUUCAUUUUGUAAGAUGCGAUUUUAGAAUACUGAAAUUAAGUAACCACGGAGUCAAGUGCAGAGUUUGUAGUU